AUGGCUAUUUUCAAUAAUUUGUAUCAUGAAUUUGGUUUGCAUACGGUAUUGAACGCAUCUCGAAAUGUUCAUCUAAUAAUACUACUAAAGUCCCUAAGACUUUUUUCAUUCAGUUCAGUGGCGUUAAUUAACGCCAUCUUUCUAAAAUCAAUAGGUUACGAUGAAUCAAUGAUCGGUUUAUUGUUUACUGUAACCCUAGUUGGUGAUUUGACCACUACAUUUAUAAUAUCCAUGUUUGCAGACAAAAUUCUAGGUCGAAGAUUGACAUUAUUUGUGUCUUCAAUAAUUAUGUCGUUUACCGGAUUGUAUUGGACGUUUUGUACUAAUAAAAAUAAUUAUAAAGCUUUAUUAAUAGUAAGUUUUUUAGGCACCAUCACUCCCACUGGGAAGGAAGUUGGGUGUUAUCUUUCUGUGGAAGCUAGUGGAAUUGCACAAUUAGUCACUUCUCAUAAUGAAAGAUCUGAUAUUUAUUCCUGGUACUCUGUUUUUUCCAGUCUAGCCUCUGCAUUAGGUUUUGUAACUACCGGUUAUUUAAUCAAAUUGCUAACAAAUGUUUAUGAUUAUGCUAAAAUUGAUGCAUAUAGAUUUAUUUAUUUAAUGUAUAGCGCGAUUGGUUGCUUAAUGGCAAUUUCAUGUUUGUUUCUAACUGAUGCAGUAGAAAUUGAACGUGUUGUCGUCGAAGAUAUCACCGACGCAGAAGCUAUGUUAUUGGACGAAAACACUCCUAUAUUACAUCCUGAAAAUGUACUUACUACUAAUAUUAACGGUGAGCAAAAUAAUAUCCUGCCGGAAAAUCAAUCAUUUUUACAAAAACUAUUACCGCAGUUACCCUUCCACGUUCUGAUGCUAGUGAUAAAUUUAUCAUUACUUUUUGGAUUGGACUCAUUAGCUAGUUCACUAGCAGGGAAAUCUUGGAUUUCAUUUUUUUUUAACAACAAAUUUGCUGUUCCAAGUCAAAAAUUAGGAAACAUUUUUUUUGGUGCUAAUUUAGCAAGCUCUGUAACCGGAUUAAUGACCACGUCACUAGUUAAAAGGAUAGGUCCAAUUAAAACGAUGGUUUUCACACAUUUGCCAAGUAGUAUCUUAUUGAUAUUAUUGCCACUACCUUCUUCAUGGACAUUAACGGUGAUUUUAUUCGUUGCUAGAGCGCUGACUCAAAACAUGGACAAUACACCUAAGAAAGUGUUUUUGGCUACUAUUAUUAAACCCAGUGAACGUACUUUAGUUUUAAGUUGGAUCCAGUUGGUUAAGACUAUAGCAGGCACCAUUGGUCCUUCCAUAACAGGUGUUUUGUCUUUACACAAAAGUCAAUGGAUUGCGUUUGUCAUUGCUGGUUCAUUGAAGGUCCUUUAUGAUAUAGCUAUAUUUGUGGUAUUUUUGAAACAUAAUGAAAAGAGAAUAUAUUAA